GUUAUUAGUCGUGCGUAUCUACGUGUAAAGAUAAAAAGAAAAAAUAUAUAGAUUUAUCAUUAUAUCGUUUUCUCUGUCCGGUUCCGUCUAAUUAAUUUUAUUUACACUCGUUGCCGAAUCGUUUUCGAGUUUCGCCCUGCAAAUGGGAAAACGCGCGCUCAAUUAUUACUAAAAUCACACAGACGACUACAACAGCAGGCUACAGGUGCGAUGUAUCCGAGAGUUUCAAUGUAAUACCUAACUUAUUAGUAAAUUAUUUGCCGCCGACCUGCCUACCAACCUACGAUAUUCCUUAUUUAGAUCUGGUGAAUUUGAUACAUUCAAUUUUCUUUGUUUUUCUCGCCGUUUGUUUACGACCAAUAUUCUGCUGAGUUGCUAAAUAGGUACCUUACCUAGUUAUUGUAAUUUUUCACCCAGCCUUCGUCGUUGUUAAUGUUAUUGAUUUAUACAUGAUUGAAUUACAGACGUGAGUACAUAUCUACCAAUGUCUAAUUUAUUAUUUUGUACAAAAAUUAUACCAUUAUAGUUUAUUCAUUUUUAAUGUUAUGCAAUUAAAAUUAUUUAACAAUUUUGUCACAUAAAUAGAUACAAAAAUAAUUUCGGACAUAUUUAUAUCAAUAGAUACCUAUAUCUUUUUCUCCAUUGCUUUCAUCAUAACUGUUUUGGAAUUUUUUCUUAAAUUCAAUUUUUUCUACUAUUGAGCCAGAAGAUCGUUUCAAAUAAGUCAUUAUCGUCAACAAUUUUAAAUAGGUACUUAACCUAUUAAUAUUAUUAGCAAAUAUAUUACAAUUUUUCAAGGAUUUUUUAUGAUAAUCUUGUGAUAUUUACAAUCAAUGAUGUUGUGUCAUUAUAUUAGUGGUAUCCAUUAUAUUUUACAUUAAAAUACCAUAUUUAUACUUAGAUACCUACUGCUAAUUACAUUUGCUAAAUUUUUUCAAUAUCUAGUUUUGAUUUUUGUAAUGAUGUUCAACAUUUUUCUAAAGUAAUUUAAUUGUACCUAGGUAUUUGGGUAUAUGAUGUACCUAUUUCGAGUAAAAUAAGUUUAUGUACCUAACUGUGAUUAUUCCUGGAAGGAUGAAAUGAGAAACUAGUUCGCCAUAUGGCUCACAGUUCACAUAAAAAAAAAAAAAAACAAAACAAAAUAAACAUCUUUGUAAAACCAUUAUGCUCCAAAUUUAAAAUAAAUAAAUAUAAUUAUUAGUUCCUAGGUAUUUAAUAAAUUUAAAUUUGUAUACCAAGUUUUUUUUUCACAAUUAAAAUCUACUGUUUAUUAUUGUUAUAAUAGAAAAAACAAGUAGUUUAAUUCCUAAUAAAAUAAUAAAGUAAAAACAAAAUUGUUAAAUGGUUAAUAUUCAUAAAUAAAUAAAUAAAAAAAUGUGACACCUGAAGUAUUAUGAAAUGUGUAUUGUACGACUGGUUUUGGAUUAAAAAUUCCUAACCUGACAAUGAAUUUUUAAUUUGAAACUGACUGUACAAUACACAUUUAUUUAUUUAUUUGUACAUUUUUAUAUUCAAAUAUUUAAAACCUAAUUAAGUUAAUUUUUGUAUGAUUAUUAUUGUAGAUUAUGUUAUAUUACAAUGAAGUCGAUGCUUCAAUAUUCAUGACAAAACAAGAAGGUUUAAAUACGAGGUAUUUCAAUAAUAUUAUAUUAAGUUGAUAAUGAACUAUUAGUUCAAUGGAGAAAUUAUCAACACUAAAUCAACCUACUAAGCUGAUUCGGCCACCGACAUUGAAACGGGGCCGAUCUGGUGAUUCAAAAGCGACUAAAGUAAAAUAAAAAUUAUCAAAUUAUUAUAGUAAUAGAUGUUAGCAGGGAACUUAUUUGUUAUCAAUUCGCCAAAUAAUACAAAAUAAAUAAAUACGAAAAAUAAUUGAGAUUACAUUAUAAACAAUGGUUUUCGGUGGAAUGUGUUGAGAAACCAAUAUAUGUUUUAUAAUUUUUAUGAUCGGGUAAAACAUUAUUUUUAUUAUACAAAAAUAUCUAAGAUCAGGAUCAAUAAUUUUGUCAAAUUGUUAAAAAGUUUACAUAAAUUUACAGCAAAUAGGAUUCCAACAUAAAACCACACCUAUAAUUUUGUUGAUCUGUACACAGGGACACACAUUCAAAAUAUUGAAAGGUUAUGGGGUUCUGCUAAACGGGGAAAUAAAAAGCUCCAUGGAAUAAAAAGAAAUUUUCUGGAAUUGUACUUGAUAGAAUUCACGUGGAGAACAUGAUGCGUUUAAGACUAUUUUAAAAGAUAUUUCUGAAUUCUGGCCUCUAUCCCAAUUUAAAAUAAUUUUUUCUGUAUCAUAUGAUAACAUUUUUAGUAUUUUAAAAUACAAUCUAAUUAAUUUAAUAAUAAUAAUAAUUUUUUUUUACAUUUUCAUUAUAAUAUAGAAUUUACUUAUUCAUACUUUUAUUUUUUGUAUUGUUUGGUGGAGUGAUAACAAACUAGAGUGGCGGGAAUACCAUUAAUAAUAACACUCUCAGUUUUGACCAGUGAUGUAAAUUGGCCCUUGUAAGUGUAGUGGCACUUGGCAUAAAAUUAGAUAUCUGAAAGUGCAAAACUAUCAUAAAACAUAACCAGAAAAUAUAAAACAUAUGUAUUAUUUAUGUAUUAUACAUUUGUAUUAUGAAUAGAAUGUUACUAAACUUAUAUGUUUGUACCUCAACAAAUUUAGUCCAAUGUACACCACUGGUUUUCAAUUAGGUACCUUUCAUUUAAAUACUGUACCUCUAUUUUUAUUGUAUUUUUACUUUAUUAUUUUUAGAUCAAACUCGAAAGAGUUAUUGGAUUAACGGUUUCAUCAAAUUCCUCAUUAGAUGCAGAUAAAAAUACUGGUAUAAUUGCAUACCCUGCAGGGUUAGUAAAUUAUUAUUUUGACUAUUCUCAAUAGAUUUUUAUUUAAAUAAGUUAAGUAUUAAGGAUAUUCAAGUUGAGUAUUAUUUUCCAUGUUAAAAAUUUAAAGAUUCCAACAAAAACUUGUUAUUCGUCACUAACCCUAGAGUACACACAUUAAAAAUAUUCAUGAGAAUCCACGCGGUGUAUUUGACUGUAUAUUAAAAUAUUUUAAUUAUAACUCAACAAAUUAAAAAUGAAAUUUAAUGAUGAUAAAUGGUAGAAAUCACCAAUUAUGAACUCUUCUACAGCAAUAUUUGUAUUGGAUUGUAUAACUAUUAUUAUGGCGAUAUUGAUUGUAUAAUAUAUACUUGACAUUAUAUUUGUAAGUGUAAUAUAGUUACACACAGUAUGGUGAACCAGUGUCAACUAAUAACAAUUUCGCCAGACGCAAUGAAAAUAAAAUAAUGAUCGAUAAACAUUUAUCAGCCAAAAAUUAUUAGGAAACAGUUUAAAAAUAAUUUGAGUUUUCAUAAACUUAAAUUGUUUAGAAAUGUCACAGUAUAGCAAGCACACAGUCUUUUAGAAGGUAUUUGUAUUGGUAAUGAACUUUAAACUUUUCUAUUUUACAGACCUCAGAUUGUAUACAGUUAGGAGUUUUAUCUAAUUUUAGUUUGUCACCUAAUUAGAAGGUACCUAGGUUGGGUUAGGCUAAUAUUCUGUAUUUUUGAAACAAUAAACAAAAUUCUAAAAACUUGGUAUUUUAUACUAUGAAGCGUGUACUCUAGGGUUAAGCCAGACUUUUAUAUGAAAUAAAAUUAUAAAUUGAUUUGAUCUUAUCAUUAAUGAAAAUAUGUGUUUGCAAUUUAUAUAUAAAACUAUUUAUAAUUUUGUUAAGGUGCACUGUUGUAUUCCAUAAUCCAGUUACGAGUUCUGAAACACAUUUGUCCAAUGUCUGCAGAAAAUCUAUAUCAUGUUUAGCAUUUUCAUCUGAUGGCCGAUAUCUUGGUACUGGAGAAUGUGGACAUCAAUCAAAUGUGCGAAUUUGGGAUAUGACAGACUACACCCAAAUAGCUGAGUUUCCGGGUCAUAAAUAUGGAAUAAAUUGUGUGGUAAUUUAACAAUUUGUUACACAUUUUUUAAAAAAAGUAAGGUUAAUAUAAAUAUUAAAACCUUUUAUUUUGUUUGUAGGUUUUUUCUCCAAAUCAAAAAUAUUUAGUUUCUGUAGGAUCACAUCAUGACAUGAUUCUAAAUGUUUGGGAGUGGAAAUCAAAUUUAAAAUAUGCAUCCAACAAAGUUUCUACUAGAAUAAAAGCUAUUUCGUUUUCGGAUAAUGGAAAUUUUGUAACAAUUGGUAAUAGGCAUGUUAAAUUUUGGUAUUUACAAUCAUCUAGAUCAGUAACGGUAAAAGAUUAUUAGUAUUUUAAUCAGCUAGUUUUAAAAUUGUAAUAAGUAAAAAAAAAAUUAUUGAUUUAGUACAAAGAACCAGUACCAUUAAUGGGUCGGUCAGCCAUUUUAGGAGAACAAAGAAAUAAUGAUUUUAUAGAUGUUGCCUGUGGUCAUGGAGAAUUAAGAGAUUACACAUAUGUAAUUACAAAGUCUGGGUUAUUGUGUGAAUUUAAUAGUCAUAGAUAUUUAGACAGAUGGGUUGAAUUAAAAGUAAUAAUAAAUUAUAUUAUUCAAAUAUUAAUGUAUUUAUAGUUGCAUGAUAAUAAUAUUAUUUGUUAGACUUCAAAGGCAAAUUGCAUGACUAUUGGUAGUCAAUUUAUUUUUGUUGGUUGUACCGAAGGAAUUAUAAGAUGUUUCAAUCCAGAAACUUUACAAUUUAUUACAACAUUACCUAGAACACAUUAUUUGGGUGUGGAUGUUGCUCUUGGAAAUAACAUCAGGUUUCAUUACUAUUGGUUUUUAAUUUGUUUUUAUAAACAUUCUCUUAAUAAAUUAAAUGUUUUUAUUAGUCAUAUGGAUUACAUUCCUCCUAAUAGUACUUACCCAGAUACAAUAGCAAUGGUCUUUGAUGAAACAAAUAUGAAACUUACUUGUGUAUAUAAUGAUCACAGUUUGUAUAUAUGGGAUGUUAAAGAUAUUAACAGGGUAAUUAAAUUUAAAAAAAUUUAGAUUCACUUCAUUAUAGUGUAUUAAAUUAAAUGUUUAUUAAUUAGGUUGGGAAAUCAAAUUCGUUUUUAUUUCAUUCAGCAUGUAUUUGGGGUGUAGAAAUGUAUCCUACAUUGGAGAAGGAUUCACAAAUACCCAAAAAUUCUUUUAUUACAUGUUCAAGUGAUGAUACUAUCAGGGUCUGGAAUCUAGAUGGAAUAGAAUAUGAUAGAAAAUCUCUUUAUCAAAAAAAUAUAUACAGUAAUGUAAGUAUAAAAUGUGUAUUUUUUAUAUAAAAUAUAUACAUUUUUUUGGUUUUUAGGAGCUUCUCAAAAUAAUUUACAUUGAUUCAGAGCUAAAUUUCAUUAAAAAUGUUGAGUUAAAUUUAAUAGAUAAAAAUGAAUCAUCCUCAUAUGAUGGCAGAAAUGGUGUACGAGCUAUAAGAAUAUGCCCUGAUGGGUUACAACUUGCAUCUGGUGAUCGCUGUGGUAACAUUAGGUGAUUAUUCUAAAAUUUAUUUUAGUUGUACAUACAUUCAAAAGUAAAAAUAAAUUUAUAAAUUAAAAGUAUCUUUUUUUACAUUAAGCACCUACAUGGGAUGUUAAAUAAUAUGAAAAUCCAUGUAUUUUAUUUAUGAAAAAGGCAAAUGAGAGAGUAAAAUCAAGAUAAUGAAAUAAAUUAGUGUAUUGGAUAAGAUUUGUGGAAUGAUACAAAUGUCACAAAAGAGGGGCUAUGUAAGGGAGUAAGGGGACAAUAAAAGUUGCUAGAGGAACAUGAUGAAAAAACAAAGAGGAUAAUGGUUAAAAAGAAAGCAGUUAUUUUAAAAGAAUGACAAAAAAAGUAGAAUGAAAAAAAAAUUGUUAAUAUAAAAGUUAUUUAAAAAUAUUAAUAUAUGAAUAUAAAUUAUUUGUUAUAACAACUUUUUAGUUGAAAACUACAGUAUCCCAAUUACUAUAAAUGUUUGUUUUUGUUUUGUUUUUUUAUAUAUAAAUACUAGAAUUCAUGAUUUGAAGACAUUAAGGCAGAUUUGUUUGAUUGAAGCUCAUGAUUCUGAGAUAUUAUAUUUAGAUUAUACGAAAUACAAUGAUAAGAUAAAACUUCUUGCUUCAGCUUCAAGAGAUAGGCUUAUUCAUGUGUUUAAUGUAAAUCAAGUAAGUUGUUAAUAUAAAUAAAUAAAUAAAUAGAUUAAUUAAUAAAUUAUUAAUAUUAGUAUACUUUUUGUUCUGAAUUAUGAUUAUCAAAGAUAGUUAUAAAUACCAAAUUUAUGUAUACCAGUAGUGGCCAAUCUUUUUUUACAGAAGGCCAUAAAAAAAAUAUUAAUUUUUGGUGGGUCAAGAAUUUUAAUAUUUACUUUUAAGUUAAUAGAAUAUCAUAUUUUAUUGUUGUGUAUUAUCUUAAUAUAGGUACAAUGAUAUAUUUAAUAAUUGUAUUUGGUUGUUAUAAAUGAGAAAAAAUGUUAAGUAUAAACACACCUGUUUAUUAAUUCAAAAAAAAAGUGUUAAUUUUUGAAAUUUGAUGUUAUUUUUUUUUUUCAAUUUUUAUUUAACAAUACUUUGGUGGGCCGAUUAAUAAAUGAUAGCUUGUUGUAGUUGGUCACCACUUGAUUACUCUUCCCAUUUGCUUAAAAAUGUACUCAAUAAUUCAAACAUAAGGUGUUUUCGUCUUUUACUAGAAGUCAUCAUUUAUCUCCCCAAUCUUAAGUAGCAAUAAUCCAUCUUUUACCUCAAACAAAUAAUCCAAUUUCAAAAUUAUCUAUCAAUCAUUCCUAAACUUUUCUCUAAAUUAAUAUCAUUAAAAACAACUAAUUAUUGUUCUUUACUCCUUGACAACAACCAAUUCCACUUUAUCUCUAAGGUAGAAUUGACUAAGCACAGAAAUUAUGUACCUGCCCAGUUUGAAAUUCCCUCAGGGGCCCCCCAAGAAGAUCUUCUGUUCACUUUGUUUUAUUAAUUAACAUUUAUAUAAAUGAUCUCCUUAAUAUCAUCAAGUAUUCCUAACUGUUUCUAUUUGCUGACAGCCUAAAACUUUUAAGUGUCAUAAAACAAAUCAGGAUGCGAUUAAAUUACAGAAUAAUAUCAAUAACCUAGAAAAAUGGUCUGCAAAUAACUGCUUUACUUAAAAUAUUGAGAAAUGUAAAUUUAUGUGCUACACCUUAAUAAAAACCCAAUUCAUUUUAAUUAUUCUAUAUCAGGAACAACGAUCAAUUUUUGAGGUUAUAUAGUUUAUUUGACACUAAAUUACACCAUUACAAGUUUUGAGUUUUUGAAUUAUCAACAAUUUAUUAUUCUUGUUGUCAGCAUUCACAAUAAAUCCAUUAAGAAGUUUUUAUAAAAAAUAUUAAAUGUUUAGACAAUAAUACCACAACAUACAAGUAAAUAUUUGUAUAAAAAAAAAUAAAUUUAAAUAAUGAAAAUUAACCAAUAAUACCAUGGAUAUUAUUAAUCUGCAAUAGUUAGAUAAAUUUUUACUGGGUAAUAAAAGUACUGAAUAACUAUUUAGUGCUUUUAUUUCUCAAAUAAGCCUUAUUAUGACAAUGAAAAACAUAUAAUUAUCUAUUAUCCCUAAUCAGUUAAAAAGGCAUUAUUAAAAUAUGCUAUUCAAUAAAUAAGUUUGCUUGUAAACUGGACCUAACAAUAAUAAAUUGUUUAAAUAAAUAUAGAUUAAUGUUUUGUUUUUUUUCUCUCUUUAGGGUUAUGAUUUCACUCAAACAUUGGAUGACCAUUCCUCAUCCAUAACUGCUGUUCGGUUUAUAAACUCUCAGGAUAAACUUCAAAUGGUGUCUUGUGGAGCAGAUAAAUCGAUAAUAUUUCGAAAUUAUGAGGUCAGUGAAAUUUGAUUUAAUUUGAAAACUAAUUAUGUUUUAUUUGUUGUAUUUUAAUUUUUUUUUUUUAUAAUUUAAAGUUCGGUGUUAAUAACCAUGAUGCUUUUGUCCAUGAUCAAUAUAUAUCAGGAAAAACCACAUUCUAUGAUAUGGAAGUAGGUCCCAAAAAAAAACAUAUUUUGACAGCAUGUCAAGAUCGAAAUAUCAGAGUUUAUAAUAUUGCUGGAAAACAUACAAAAACUUUUAAAGGAUCUAUUGGAGAUGAAGGUUCUCUUAUAAAGGUAAGAUUUUUAAAUUUUAAAUGAAUAAUAUCUUUAAUUUAUUUAAUUCUAUUUAACAGGUUGUAUUAGACAGAAGUGGAACAUUUGUGGCAACAAGUUGUACUGAUAAGACUUUGUGUGUUUAUGAUUUCAACUCUGAAGAAUUAUUGGCUACUAUGUUUGGGCAUUCAGAACUAGUCACUGGCUUAAGAUUUACUAAUGAUAGUAAAUAUUUAAUCUCUGCUAGUGGGGAUGGCUGUAUAUUUGUAUGGCGAAUGCCUACUGAUAUGAUUAAGCAUGCAAACAUCAAUAAGAAAAAAAUUCGAACUGAAAGGUAUUGAAAUUAUAAAUAAAUUUAUAAAUAUUAUAAAUAUGAUGAUUUAAAACUGGUCAGUAACCUUUUUGCCUUUUGGACUCUCUUAUUUUAAAUAUUUUUAAUUAGUUUGCUAAAAAAUUACAUAGAUGGAUGGAAACUUCUACUGUCUGGUAAAAUUGUUAAUAAUCAGUUUGAUUUUUUUAAUCUGUGUGUUUUUCAUUUUUUUAUUUGAUAAUAGACCUGUCCAUACAUUAUAUAGAUCAUGUUAUAGUAUUUUAUAAUUAUAUUUAUAAUUUUAAAAACAGAUUGAGAAAGUUAAACCAAACAUAUAUUAAAAUAAAUAUUUGAAUAUUAAUUAUCUGUGGUAGUCCAUGUCUGUCGUAAGAGGUGAUAAAAAAUAUACCCGAAGGUGGGAGCACUUUCAGUACUGGAUGUAGAUGGAUGCUUCAUAAACAGGUACAGCUGUAGCCAAGUAUUAGGAGAAGGCAUGCAUGGAGACUAUGAACACAGCUACUGAACUGCAAUGUGGAAGGCAAGAGGAAACUAUCAUAUUAAUUUCUUUUAAUGUCAAUUAACAAAUGACCAGCACAAUAAAUUAUAUAAUGUAUGGAAAUGACCUUACUACUGAGUCGUCUACUGAUAAUGGAAAAAAUGGAGUAAGCAUUACCCUGAAUAAAAAAUGGGCGCAAUGUAUAAGAAGUUACAUUGCCUAUAAUGGCAGGUUGAUAUUGAUCAAACUAAAAUAUCCCAAAUGACAUUGCAAUAAUACAAGCAAACUAUGAGGAAAUAGAAGUGAUCUACAAAGAGAUAGAAGAACUCAUUAACCUCAAAAUGAUAAGGAAAAUCUAAUUAUCAUGGAGGACUGGAAUGUGAUUGUAGGAAAAAAUCCAUAUGGCAAAAAAGUUGGUAAAUAUGGACUUGGAACAAGAAAUGAAAGACGUAAUUCUCUUUUUUGGUCUUGUUGAAUUCUGCAGACACCAUGAUUUAGUUAUAAACAAUACUUUAUUCAUGAAUCAUAAAAGAAGACGCUAUACAUAUACAAUACUAUGUAUACAAUAGCGUAUACAAUUCCAGAUAUAACAGAUACCAAUUAGACUAUAUUCUGGCAAAGAAUAGGUACACAAAUCAGAUUAAAUCGAGUAAAUCUUACCCAGGAGCUGAUAUUGACAGUGAUCACAACCUGGUCAUGAUCAAAUCCAUGUUAAAAUUUAAUAAGUUUGAGAAAUCAAAAAAUAAAGUGAUGGAAUAUGUGCUAACUAAAACAACCAGAAACAAGAGUUGUUUGAAAAGAAAUGCAAAGAAAAACUUGAAAUCAAAAAUAAACCAAGGAUAGAUGAUUGCAAUUAUAUAGAAAAUGUGAUGUCAUCACAUAAAAGAAUCUAUUGUCCUGUCUGUAAAGGAAAUAUUAACUAGGAAGAAACCAACACCGAAAUGAAAAUGGAUAACAAUGGAAUUAGUUUAAGAUAUAGAGAAAAAAAGAUUGCUUGAAAAUAAAAUAUACGAAGAGAGUAAAAAAUAAUAUAAGAUGUUAAGAAAUAAAAUAUACCCAGAAGAAAAAAAAGACAAAGAUUUAGAUUGAAAAAAAAUAUGAAGAAAUAGACAAUAUGAUGAAAUAUAAUCAACAGAACAAGGCAUAUAAACUCAUCAAGCAAUACUUCAAUGAAAGAAUAUCUUGAUGUAAAGGAUUUGACCUGCAUUUUUCAAUUUAAAAGUAAUCUGAGUAAAAAAAGGAGGGAUACUAAUACCAAUGUUUUGCUUUGCUCUGAUGGUAUUCAGAUAUCUGAAUAUGCCAUCUGGCAAUAUCUGAGAAAGACUUGCAAACAGAGUUAAAUGUAACGAAUACCACAUUCCAAGAGUAUAAUUUGAAAAUGAAUGCAACCAAGACUAAAACUUCUAAUAUGCCACAAGAAAAACAUACCAUCUAUGAAUAUAACACUAGAAAACAAAGAAAUUGUUCAAGGAGACUAUUUCAAAUACUUAGGCAAUAUUAGGUAAGGAAAUCAAAAGCAAGAUGGGUCAAGCGAAAAAUGCAUUCCUUUAAAUGAAAAAAUUAUUAACGUUAAAAAAUAUGAACAUAGCAAUGAAGAAAGGGCUCACAAGAAGAUAAAUCUAAAGUGUGGCAUUAUUAAAAAGGGAAAGAUAUUGGAAACUCUGGAGAUGUGGUAUUGGAAAAAGAUGCAGAAAAUAAGCUGGAUUUAGAGAAAAUUAAAUGAAGACAAAUCUUAUGGACAAUAGAUGAAAACCGAACAUUGAUAAACACUAUAAGAUAUAACACUAUUGGUUCAUUACUAAAACUGUUCGAUAAUCAUCAAAGGACUAGCUGAUAAAAUUUUUCAAAGCUGAAUUAAUCUACACUGUUAUAAAUAUUUGUAUUAUAUGUCCAAGAACAGUAAAAAAACAGUCACUAAGAGCAAAUUAUGAAACUAAAAGUUGCAAAGAUUAUUACUGAGUAUCAGUUUAUAUACCAUAUUCAAUUACACAACCCACAAAAGAAUGUUUUGAAAAAUAAAAUAAUAAUGCUUUUUAUUACAAUAUCUUCACCCAGCAAAUUUUAAAUAAUUUGAAAAAAUAUAUUCUUCGAGUAUGUUGACAAUGUAUUUGACUUUUAAAAAAUUAAUAAUUUACAAGCUGAAGCAGAAAGUCAAUUGUAAAAUUGUAAAAUUGUUGGCAAAAUAAGGACUGCCAAAACAUUAACUUAAUUAAUUUGUUAAAUAGUAACUGUGCAUUUUUCCCAAGUAUGGCAAUUGCUUUGGAAAUAUUUAUGUCCUUACCAGCUACAAAUUGUACAGCAGAAUAUUCUUCUAGUACUUUAAGGUGUGUUAAAACAAGGCUUCGAUAACGAUGGGUGAACAUAGACUGAGUUGGGUAUGCAUGUUAAUUGUUCAUUGCAAACAAGUAAAUUCAGAGAAAGACCAAUUAAUUGAAAAAGUACUAACACAAUUUGGUAGAAAAUAUCCACAUAGAUUUGUAUUUAAUAAUAAAUUUAAGUAAAAAUAUCUAGAGUAAUUAUGAUGUAUUAAAGUUAAGAAUUUAUUUUAUAAAACAAAAUCGUCAUUUAUUUUUUUUAAAAAAUAAACCACUUGCUCAAUUUUAAUUUUGAAAAUAUAUUUGAAUUAUUUGAUAUUUUGUCCAUGUUAAGUAGAAUACAUUUGUUCAGUUAGAUUUUAUUUAGUUAAUUUAGGAUAAGUACAUAAUUUAUUUUGUUUUUUUCUUAAAAUAAAUUUGUAUUUAUGUGUCCCAAAAAAAAUUAAAUAUUUUCUUACAAACAUAAAAAAGAAGUAUAUAAACUAUAAAGUCAAUUCAUUUUUCAAAACAGACAUUAGACUACUUAAAGUAUGUUUAUUUUACUCUUGCUUAUUAUUUCUGAAAUAUUUUUAGAACUGUUCCUGUUGCAAAUGUUGAAAAUGAAACUUUAUCAUAUGGACAAAAGACAGUUAAAGAAAAUGAAACAAAUAUAUUUAGUAUUCCUACGUAAGUAACAUGUUGUAUUUUGAAUUGUACAGAAUGUAAUUACUAAUUAUAUUCAAUUUUUUAGAGAUGGUCAAUUACCAUUAUGGGCUAAAAAAUCUAACAAUAUUUCGACUAAUAUAGUGUUAAAUGUUUCUCAUAAUCAAGUUAACGCCCCUAAAGGACAAUGGGCCCAACGAGCUACUAAUUCAUCAGAAUCCAGUCACAUAUUGAAGUUGCCAAUGAACAAAGAUGAUUCUGAUGGAUUUCAAGAUGACAGUUCAGUAGAUAGUGGAACAGAAACAAGUAGAUCUAUUUAUCCAGAAAAUCAGAAGGAAUCAUUAAUAGUUCCAAAGAAGGUAAGUAAUUAAUUUUUAGAAUAUAUUAUAACUUUAUUAAAAUACCGAAUGGGAAAUCUUAAAAUUUAAAAUGAAAACCAUCAAUUGUAUUAAUUUUAUACAGACAGUGCGCAUACCAUCACUAUUUAUUUCACACGAUUUUGAAGAAAAUUCAUUAGCCCAUGUAAGUUUGAUUUAUUUAAUUGAUUGAAUAUGAUAAUAAUAAUAAUAAAAUAUUGGUAUUUAUAUUAUUUUGUCAUAGUUAACAUCUGAAAAGUCCAAUUCUCAAAACAUGUCAGAUAUUCAGCGAAUUCGUAAUUUAACUGAUGAUAGCUCAUUGGGCAGUUUUAAGAAUGAGGUAACUUUUAAAUUAAUAUUAUUAAAUGUAAAACUAAAUUAUUAAUUUUAUAUUUCAAUUAAGGAACUAGAUCAUGAUGGUGAUAUAGAUUCUGAAAAUGAAUGGAUUGGAAAUGCAAAUAGUAAAAAUAAUAUUCUGUACUACCCAUCAAAUACCGAUAUUGUCGAGUAAAUUUUAAAACUAAUUAUUUUCUUAUAAUUAAAAAUCUAUACAAAUGUAUAUUUAUUGUGUUCAAUAUAGUGAUUUUACAAUCACAAAAUUGGAUUCUGAUGCUCUAAGAAUUUCCCAAAGAAAAUCUAAAACAAUUAAACAAAAAGAUCGGUUGUUAUCUUCUGGGCUUACCGAUUUAUCCAGUCAGUCUAUGUCUGGAAGUCAGGAUAGUGAUGAAGACUUUGAAAAUUCCAAUUUAAGCGUUAAUAACUCUGAUAAAAAUUCAACAAUUUUGUCAACUAGGUAUGAAAAUUAAACUAAAUUUUUUUCAUUGUAUGUUUAAUUUGUAAAUUUUUUGUUUGUAUAGCAAUGAGAGAUUAGAUAUGAUUGAAAAACGAGAACAAUUUCUAAAAAAUACAUUUGAAUCACUAGGAGGAAAUGAUUUUCAAGAUGAAAAAUACCAUUUUCCUAGUAUAUUUAAAUUUCAUUACAAUUAUUUAAUUUAUAUUUUGUAUAUCUUAUCUGUUUAUUUUAGGUAAAAAAAGUUUAUCUUCACAGUAUAAUAAUAAUAUUCCUACCAAACAGCAAAAUACAAACUCUGAAAUUCUAACUAAAAGAAAAGAACUCCAACAAAGAAUUGAAGAAACUAGGAAAACAUUACAAAAUGUUUGUUAUAACUAAACUUAAAUAUAAUAUUAUUCUUCAAUUUAUUAUAUCGUGCAAUUUAAUUUUAGUUGGGAGCUCAUUCAAACUUAAAAACUAGUCAAAGUAUAUGCGAUUUAAGUAGAAAUUAUGGAUCUUCGAAAUUACCUGUUCGCAGCCAUUUAUUAGGUAAGAUUUAUUUGGUAUUAUAGUUAAUUUUUGAUUCUGAGUAUGAAGAGCAUAGAAACUAUUAGUCAAACUAUUUGUUUUAUUAUUUUUUUUUUUGAAAAUAAUUUUUAGGAUAGUGUAAAGGCUCCAUAUUUGAUGGCAGCUUAAAAUAUGCAUAUUUAUAAAAUAAAAUAGAUUCCUAACAGUAAAAAAACCGAACAAAAAAUGUCAAAAUAUUUAUAUAUAUUUUUUUUAUAGUUGAUAAACAAAUUAAUAAAACUGGGACUUCAAUGAGAAGAGUUUGUUCAUUAAUUGAUUUAUCAACACCAAUCAAAUAUAGCGCAUUUGAUAAUGGUAAAUAUCUUAAUGUUAAAUUAGUUUUAUAUGAUUUCAUAAUAAUCAUAUUAUCAUUAUAAAAUAAUUAAUUUUUUUCUAUACCAGAUUUAAGUAUUACAAAACCAAUUUCAAGAAAUCCUUCAAAAAAAUCCUCCAGCAAUAUACAUAGAAGUAAUUCCGUUAAUAUUUUGAAUCAGGUAUAACAUACAUCUUAAUUUCACAAAAGAAAUUUAGUAAAAUUACAAAUACAUUUAAAUUUGUUUAAAAGAGUGAUUCAGACAGUGAUGGCAACCGAUCUAUAAAAGGAGAAAAUAAUAGAAUUAUGAAACCAACUAUAUCUUCUCAGAAUAAAAUGGUUACAAACAAAUCAAAUCUUUUGCGCCAAAGCAGUGUUUAUUCACAAUCCACAAGUAUUAUUAUUUUGAUAAUAUUAUAAUAAUAUAUAAAUACUUUCCUAUUACUUUUGUAAAUUUUUUAUUUUCAGCUGCAGUUAAUAGAUUUGGACUUAAUGAAGACUCAAGCUCUGAAGAAUUGUGUACAUCAUUGCAUAACAAAUCAAAAAUUCACACAAUUCAAUCUAGAAUAAAUCCAAUUGAUAAAUCUAGGUCGGUAAAAAACUUUUGUGUAAAUUUAAACAUACAUUUUUGUUUUUAUGUUAAUAAUUUUAAAGGAAAUGUAUCAUUUUAGAAAAAACACUUCAUUAACGAGAAGUGUUAGUGAAAUGAAUUUAAGUAGUUCAUUGAGUAAACCUAAUGAAAAAUUGAGAAAUCAUACUAUUGAUUUAACUGAAAAAACUAGGAAUAGUGGAACAAUAAAUCAGCCGACCAAGAACUUAAGGAGUAAAUAAAAAAAUAGUCUGCAUUUAUAAAAAAAAUUGUACUUUAAUAAUAUAUAUGUAUAUAUUUUAGAUUAUUUAUCUCUUAUGGCUGAACAGUUAUUUCAAACUGCUGACAAAAUUCUGGUACAUACAAAUUGCAUCAAUAAUAACAACAAACAUGCAUCUAAUAGAGACAUUACUGAUGUAAUAUUAAAAUUAGAACAAAUUGUCAACAAAGGAGGUGUAAUUCCUCAUCAAAAUUCACUUCAUAGCACUCAGCAGUAUCUGGAACUGUUAGUUGAUAUAGUAAAAAAACGCUUAUCACUUGAUGACAUUUAAUAACAACAUAAUAUACUAGUAUUCCAUAGAUCAUAGUUUAUAGGUCUAUGUUUGUAAUGUUUGCAAUUUUAUUGUGAUUAAAUCCAAAAAUCAAUCAGUUUUAGGGCUAUUUUUACAAAAUAUCAAUCCAAUAAUAUUCUAAGGCAAGUAAUACAAUAAAUGUAGGUUGGUUAGGAAUUGUUUACAACAUUAUUAAAAUUAUAUAUUGUUAUCUAGCAGUAUUAUUUAAAUACAAGAAAAACAAAGUCUUUUAAAAUGUACCUUGUUGACUUGUUUUAUUUAUCAAGUUAUUAAAUUAGACUUAUAAUAUUUUAAUAAAUCAUUAAAAAUGACAAAUAAACAAAAAAAGUAAAUAUAUUCUCAUAAAAAUCCAACCAAUAUCUUUUACCAAAGAAAAAUUAUAAAAUAAUUUUUCCAUUAAAUAAAUUAUCGUUUGAUUUGAUUAGGUUAAAUUUAAUAUUAAUUAUGGUCAAUUAAUGCUCUGAUUGUAUUCAACUUUUAUAAUAUUUUCAUGGAUAAUAGGGUUUGCCUAUUAAAUUUUUGCUGUUGCACAACUAGAUUAGUUAAUGUUGUCAUUACAAACUACGAUCAAAUUGUGUAUACAUGUGAAAUUAUAAUAUAGUAUUAAAUCUAAUUUUGUUGAAACUAAUAGACUAAUAUAUAUAUAUAUUUAUACGUCCGUCCAAUACAGUAUUUUUCAGAUUAAUUAUAUUUAAAUUGCGUGUAAUGAAAUUUAAAUGAUGUAAUUACUGUUUGUAUGAUAUGAUUUUUUUUUUAAUGUUUAUAAUUUUGUUGAAUUUUUGUUGAAAGAAUACAUUUAAAUAUCUAUUUUUUAAAACUAUGUUUUUAACUUGUUAUAUUUUUUUUUGUCUAUAUUGUUAUUUAAAUAAUUAUAAUUUCUUUUCAUUUAUAUAAACCAAACUGAUUUGUUAUGUAUUGCAGUAUUAAAAUGUUUGUGCCUUUUAUAAUAAUAUAACUAGUCAUAUUAAUUAAUAAGGGUUAGUUACACAAUUUAUACUACUCAAUCUUCCAUAAUAAUAAUUUAAAUGUAUUGUUAAAGGUGGCAAAAUAACAAAAAAUUCCAUUAGUUUUUGUUAUAUAUUUUUUUUUUACCAACCUUUUAUUAAUAUUGUUUAUAACUUAUAUAAGUAAUCAAUUAUUUUAGGGCCCUAUUAAUAUUUAUUUUUGUAUAAUUUAACAUUAAAAAAAUAUAUAUAUUUAUAUUUAUACUUUGGUUUUUUAUGCAAUUAAAUUGCCAUUAACAUUGUUAACAUUAUUUUUAUUUGAUUAUAUCACUGGGUGUAUUAUUAAUUUAAAAUACUUGUAGUGUUUGUUCACAAAGUUGUGAUUUAUUUUUAAAACAUUCUGUUUGGAAGUAUUAAAUUGUAUGCAAUUAUAUAUACCUGAUUAUAAAAUAAUAAUAUAUAUGAAAAUAUUUAAACCUAUUAUAAUUAUGUACUAUUUCUUAUGUUUUAAUCAUAGACAAGUAUGAUGACAAUUGGUAAAAUAAUACAUAUGCAAAUAUUUAAACAUAUUAUUAUAAUUAUGUAUAAUUUCUUAGUUUUUAAUCAUACACAAGUAUGAUAAUAAUUGGUAAUAUUCAAACCAUUAUUAAAUACCAAUAUUGUGGCACUCUCAAACAAAAACUACCUGUUUCAUAUCAUGAAAAAUAUUGGUUCUAUUAUUCCAAGGAUUUUGGAACAGUAUCUUUGAAGUUUUAAUACUUAUAUACUGCAGAAUAUUUAUUUCCUUCCCAAGCAAAGCUGGGAUUUCAAAACUCAUUAAAACAAUUAUAAUGGGAUUAUUAUAUUAUGCAGUUUUAAAAAUCCCAUUAAACAUGCAAGCAUACCGCUCAAAAACAAAUAUGUACUUAAAUUAAUUUUAAAUACUUUUAUUACUUUUAUUUAAAUAAUAAAACCAAUAAAAAUAAAACAAAAUAUGUAUGUACAUGUUAUGGCACAAACAACCAGAAUGAAAUAAAUCCAAUAGAAAGUAGUUAAGGACACUAUGCUUUUAUUUUAGUCUAACUACUGUAAUAAAUCAAAAAAUUAUGAACAGAAAUAAUCACAUUAUUUUUCGCAACUUGUGGUAGACUGACCCUCAGCAGCGUCUGACGUUGAAGGUAAACUGGUAUUCGUAUUUUUGGAACUAUGGCCAUACAGCUCAUCACAUACCAAUAACCUGGUCAAUUGUUUGGGGCCCAGUCCCGGUUCUAAAUUAUCAGGUACUUGAUAGUAGUUAUUAUUGUCAGGGCAUGAAAGCGGAGCUUUUGUCUUAAGCAGUGUAUCAAAAUUUAACCCCUUGUAAAAUGAAUGCGCACGAAUGGAAGUAUAUCGUUUGGCAUCCUCUGUCCCAAGACGUUUGUUAGGCUCAAGCACCAACAAUUUUUCUAUCAGAUCUUUGGCGUCUUCAUGAAAUUCGUCAGGGAACGAAUAAUCAAGAUUCAUGAUUUUGCGGAAAAUUAAAUAAUCAGUCCUGCAUCGGAAAGGCGGAUAUCCAGUAAUCAUUUGGUAUACAAUACAACCAAAAGCCCACAGAUCCGAACUGAAUGAAGUUGGUAUUUCAUAAAAAAUUUCGGGACUGAUGUAUUGAGCUGUGCCAACAAAACUGUUAGCACGUUCCUUGCCAUUGUUGUUUUCAUUUGGAUUGGAUAUGUUCAAAGUCUCCAUCUCGGAUUCCAGAUUGUUUAUUUUGCUACACCCAAAAUCAGUCAACUUGAUGUGCAUGUUAUCAUCAAGUAAUAUGUUUUCAGGCUUCAGAUCCCUGUGCUGGAUGUUCAAAUUAUGAAGAUACUCCAAGGCGAGAAGGAUCUCACCGGAAUAAAAUUGUGUGCAUGUUAUGUCAAAUGAAUCCAUACUAUUGAGGAAUGAUAACAUGUCACCAUUUUUGGCAUAUGACAUGACAAAAACUGAAAAUAUA